AUGCUGUUAUUUGAGGGUCUUGCAAGAGCAGCACAACUUAAACGAUCGCUGGCAGCAUUGGUUUCUGCUACUUCGAUAGCUCUGCUUCAAACUAAACAACGACUAAGCUUGGUUGGAAUAUUUGGUAACUUUGAUCUCCUUCGAUCGGUAGACAAUUCUGAAAAUGGCAAGUUUGCGAAAAGAGUGGCGGUAGAAAUGCCAGUAAGGCCAAACUAUCGUGCUCCGAGGUUACCGAUUGUUUUGUGCCAUGGUCUUUUUGGCUUCGAUAAAUUAGGUCCUUCUUCUAUUCCAUAUUUACAAAUACACUAUUGGGGUGGCAUUGAGGAAGCUUUGCAAAAAUUAGGUGCGAAAGUUAUAGUUACCAAGGGUGGACUCGAUUGUAGAUGUUUGAUUGCUAAUAUUCCUACCGAGAAAAAAUAUGUUGUUCGAACGUUGACUACAAUAGCAACUCCACAUCGCGGCAGUCCAUUUAUGGAUUGGUGUCGGGAUAAUAUAGGAGUGGGCGAAAUUAGUCAAUCAUUCGAAGAGGCAGCUAAAGUUGUAGACGAUGCUAUAAAAAAGAUGGAGAAAACACGUGACCAACAGAAUCGCAAUAAUCAAAAGUCUUCUAUAUUAGAGUCAAAAGUUCAAGAACAAUCCUUAAGGUUACCUUCUCAAGCAGAAAAUAUUGUAAAACAAAAAGACCCAUUUCCGGCAGGACAACCUCGCAGUACUAUCGUUUCUGCAAAAAUGGAUAAAACUGACAAUAUACAACCUAAGGCUUUUAACAAGAAAUCAUUUCACAUACCUAUUUCUUUUAAUCUUCCGAAUUUUAAAUUUAACCUUUCUCUUCCAAGCAUCAACCUUUCUAGCCUAUAUCCUAUUUCACAAACAACAUAUACCAUUUUACAUCCCAUCACUCGAGCAUUAAUUCAAGCUUUUGAUACUCCAGCUUACAGUAAUCUCACAACGGAUUAUUGUGUCAACUAUUUCAAUAAGAACACACCUAAUGAUCCGUCAGUUGCAUACUAUUCAUAUGGUGCUGCCACAAACGUUCCGAUUUGGUCACCUCUGUACUUUCCUCAUCAAAUAAUUAAAGAAAAGGAAGGUCCUAAUGAUGGAUUGGUUAGUGUUAAAUCUGCUCAAUGGGGAAAAUAUGUAGGAACCGUGAAUUGUGAUCAUUGGGACUUGACUGAUAAAUGGAGAAUUAAAAUAGGUUCAAAUUUUGAUCCUGUAGAAUUUUAUUUAAAUGUUGCAACCUUUUUAGCAGCCGAGGGUUAUUGA